AUGCCUCACCAAGCAGCCUUGAUCCCCUUCAAGAAAGGUCGGCUUGAAAUUGCUUCGGUGGAGUACACCAGACCCGGGGAGAACGAAAUUGUGGUCAAAACUGCCGCCGUUGCUAUCAAUCCCCUGGACUGGUUCAAGCAAGGUUCGGGCAACCUGUUCGCCCCGUGGAUCAAGUACCCUUUCGUCAUGGGCAGCGAUCUAGCCGGGGAAGUAGUCGAGAUUGGCCCUGGAGUAACACGGUUCAAAGUGGGCGACCGCGUUCUCGGGCAUGCUGUCGGCAUGGACCAGCGGAGCAACAAGUCGUCCGAGGGCGCAUUCCAGGAGUACACUGUCAUCCGAACGAACCUGGCCUCUCCCAUCCCAGACAAUCUCUCAUACGAAGCGGCUUGUGUGCUUCCGCUUGGCUUAUCAACCGCUUCCUGUGGCCUUUUCAUGAAGGACUAUCUCGCCCUACGACAUCCGACUGAGCAACCUCCGACUCGCGACAAGCAAGAGACCCUCCUCGUUUGGGGUGGCUCGACAAGCGUCGGCUGCAACGCAAUUCAGCUGGCCACUGCAGCUGGAUAUGAAGUAGUCACGACUGCUUCACCGCGUAAUCAUGAGUCCCUCAAAAGACUAGGCGCCGUGGCGGCAUUCGAUUACAAGAGCCCUACUGUCAUCGAAGACAUCGUGACUACUUUUAAGAAUCGUGUCGCAGUCGGUGCAUUUGCCAUUGGCCAGGGAUCUUUGGGCUACUGCAUCGAUGUUCUCGCACGGUGCCGGGGGAGAAAAUUUGUUGCUCAGGCGAGCGUCGACUUGCCCGCGAGCGGAUUUCCACAGGGUAUACUGGACUGGCCAGCGUUCGGCCUUCGAAUGGGCGUGUCGGCGAUGUCGCUCAAAACCAAGGGCAAGUUGAAGCAGGUGCAUGCAAAAUUCAUAUGGGGAAGUGACAAUAUGGCUAAUGAAGUCGGAAAAGCCAUUUACGAGGAUUUUCUCCCACAGGCGUUGGGCGAUGGCAGGUUUGUUGCUGCUCCGGAGCCCUAUAUAGCAGGAAAGGGUUUGGAACACAUUCAAGAGGCGAUGGAUUUGAAUAGGAAGGGAGUCUCUAUGAAGAAAGUAGUUGUGAUACUUUAG